CUAUUACAUAAGUUAAAUAUCCCACAAUCCUCUUCCUUUUCAGCCGUACUGAGCAAUCUUCCUAAAAAACUGGGAAGAUGGCAGAGGCAAUACAGCAGACAAAACCCCAAGAAAAGAAAUCGGGCAGGCUCUAUGUGAAAGCUAUUUUCACGGGCUACAAGCGAUCGCUGAGAAACCAGAGGGAAAACACUGCCCUGCUGAAGGUUGACGGCUGUAUCACAAAAAAGGAGGCAGACUGGUAUCUGGGAAAGAAGUGUGCAUAUGUUUACAAAGCCAAGAAUAAGACUGCUUGUCCUAACCAUGACAAGGCCAGUAAGAUCAGGGUCAUCUGGGGCAAAGUGACCAGAUCACAUGGCAACAGCGGAGUGGUUAAGGCAAAAUUCAAGCGCAAUCUUCCAUCCAAGGCCAUUGGCAGACGGAUACGCGUUAUGAUGUAUCCAUCCAGGAUUUGAAGCGAGGUUGUAAUGUUAAAAAAAUAAAAACAAAUCACUCAUA